UCCUUGUGUUGACUUGAAGUGCCGAUCCUUCGUGUUCCUGGCGAUUCCUCCCUCACUGUGGCAAAGACAUGUCGAGUAAUCCUGUGGGGAUAUAAGCUUCCUGCUGGAGCCGUCGCUUUCCGACGCGCGUCAUGCAAAACGUUUGGCGGUAAACGGCUGGGCAUGGAUCUCCUGCUGUUGGAUAUUUUACUGAGUGACAAUCCAGCAUUUCAAGCCCUCACCCCCUGCGGCCUGUCCUCCCCCUCCUCUCCAUCAGCUAUUGCUUGGGUAAAAGUGAAAACCCCCGUCCACCUCACUGCAGAAUACAUGCACUGAAGGUUACUUGCGAGGCUGAGCAUGUACCCCGACGAUUCGGCUGAGGACUCGAUGGCCGCAGACUCCGCUAUGAGGGGCGAUGCAGGGGACACUGGGCCUUCAGAAAUCCCGACUGUGGAUCCCGAAGCUGAAAUGGGCACUGCUGAAGGUGGAGCGGGACACCCUGCUCUCCAGACGACAGAUCACGGAAAGGGCGCAGAACCUCGCCAUGCUGACGAGGGCCUGGGCGAUAGACCUCCCUUGAGCGAGGAGGACGUGCAACCAGCAAGACCUCCAAGGAAGAAGAGGAGCAUCAAGCAGACGGCUUCUCCCUCAGGAAAUCAAGACGUUGCCGAGAACCGCCAGGAUUCAGGAUUAGACAAGGAGAAGGAAGAAGAGAGGAAAAUCUCCGGAGACUCGGCCCAGGGAGAGCUGCACUUCAGGAGGAGACAGAAGGAGUCGGAAGAAGAGAAGGGCGAGGCGAGGACGAACCAACCCCAGAAGAACCUGGAUGACGGACGGAGUAAGAAGGAAAAUAAGAAGAAAGAGCAGGAAGGCCCCAAGAAAGACCCCUGCCUCUCGAGCGACGACGCCUGCAUCCGCCUGAAGAAGGAGCUCGGCCUCUUGGAUUCCGUCGGCCUGAUCAUGGGCAAUAUCAUCGGCUCGGGUAUAUUCAUGUCCCCCCGAGGCGUGCUGGAAUACUCGGGCAGCGUGGGCAUGUCACUCGUCAUCUGGGCGGCGUCGGGGUUCGUGUCCAUGGUGGGGGCGCUGUGCUACGCCGAGAUGGGUACGAUGAUUCCCCAAAGUGGUUCUCACUACACGUAUCUCCAGGAAGCCUUCGGUCCUCUGCCUGCGUUCCUGUACGUGUGGCUGGUGGUCACGAUCCAGUUCCCUUGCAGCAGAGCGAUCGUGUCCCUUACGUUCGCCAAUUAUAUCGUUCAGCCGUUCUUCCCGGGGUGCGCCGAGACACCAGAGGCCGCCAGGAAACUCAUUGCAAUUGCGGUGUUGUUGUUCCUGGGUUGGCUCAAUUCCCGGCGAGUGAAAUGGGCCACCACAGUGCAAGACGUGCUGGCACUCACCAAGGUCCUGGCACUCAUCAUCAUCAUCAUCACCGGCAUACACUACUUGAACCGGAGCGGCGGCGAGUCCUUUGAGGAUGCGUUCGAUGGCACCAACUGGCACCCUGCGCUCAUCGCCACGGCGUUUUACCACACCUUGUGGGCGUAUGAUGGAUGGGACAGCUGCAACAUGAUCAUCGAGGAGAUGAAGGACCCCUAUCGGAACCUCCCCCGGGCGAUCGCCAUCUCGCUGACCUCCGUGACCCUGAUCUACAUGCUGACCAACGUCGCCUACUUCGGCGUCCUCUCCCCCGGCGAGAUCCUGGCCUCCGAGGCCGUCGCGGUUACCUUCGGCCAGCGCGCCCUCGGGGUGAUGGCGUGGACCAUCCCCAUCUUCGUGGCCUGCUCGACGGGGGGCGGCCUCAACGGCUCCAUCUUCGGGGCCUCUCGGCUCCUCUUCGUCAGCACCCGCAGGGGACACCUGCCCAAGGUCCUCGGCCUCGUGUGCGUCGAGAACUACACGCCCGUGACGUCACUGCUCUUUCUGCUGCCACCCUGGGUCCUACUGGGUUGGCGACCGCUGGGAGUCGGCCUGGGAACGGAGGUUACCCGUCCCUUCUGCGUCCCGGCUUGUGGAGCAAAGUCCACGGGACCCCCGCAGGUGCUUAUCUCCCUCGUUCCCUUCAUCACGGCCGACAUCCGGGUCCUGGUCAACUACACCGCCUUCGCCGGGAACCUCGUGGCCGUCGGCACCAGCGCGGCCUUCCUCUGGUUCCGCUACAAGCAGCCCGACCGCCCCAGGCCCAUCAAGGUCUGGAUCGGCUUCGGGAUCCUGGAGCUCGCGAUGGCCGUGUUCCUGGUGGUGCUCCCGGCCGUGCGAGAGCCUGUGCAGAUGGCGGCGGCGCUCGGCAUCGCCCUCACCGGCCUCCUCGUGUACUACGUCACCCAGCACCGCCAGCGCGCCAGUCCCCGGCUGGACGGCUUCAUGGAUAAAGUGACGUACGUUUGCCAGAUGUUGUUCGUGGCCGUCCAUGAGGAGAGAAGUGGCUGAGGAUUGGCAAUACUGAUAAAGGAUUUUUUUUUUUUCUUUUUUUUCUUUUUUUUUUUAGUAGUAGUAGCUUUGAACUGUACUUUUUUCUUCUUUUCUUUCGUCUCUUUUUUUCCUUCUUUGUUUGUAUUUUGAUGAUAAUU